ACAAAGAUGGCGUCCGAAGUCGGAGGUUUUCGAACUCUACGAGUAAAACUAAAAGAAAAUUGCUCGUCAUUUCAUGUCUUAUACUACAAGAAGCAUGCCCUGAGAGAAGAGGAGCCUAUGAGGCCUUCUGACAGGACAUUAUUUAUCGUUAACAUCCCUCCAUACUGUAAUAAGUCUGCUCUGAAAAGGUUGUUUGGUACGUCAUGUGGGGCAGUUCAAAGUGUCUUCCUCAUGAAACAACCUGGAAAAGUCAAGAAAACCAAGGCUAGCCUUGUGAGCCCAAACACUGAAAUCAAGGGAUUUAAAGUGGCAUAUGUAGUAUUCAAGAAACCGUCAUCUCUCAAAGCUGCAAUGGAAUUAGAUAGCACUGAAGUAAAAUGCUUAUCAGAUGAAGAAAAUAUUAUUCUAACAGGAAUGGAAAAAUGGUGCCAAGAGUAUGGCUUACAGUAUCCAAAUCCAUCAAGACUCCAAGAAGAAGUUGACAGAUAUAUGGCUACAUUUGAUGAAGAACAAGAAGAGGCCAAAAAGGCUGAGGACGAAGCAAGAGGCCAACCUGAUGAAGAAGGCUGGAUAACAGUUGGUAAAGGAGGAAGAAAACCAGCGUCCUCACAAAUAGACGCAACUGACUUAAAAGAAAAGAAGAAAAAGAAGAAAAAGCAAACGCAAGUAGACUUCUAUCAAUUUCAACAAAGAGAAUCACGAAGAGAACACAUUGCUCAAUUGAGAAAGAAGUUUGAAGAAGACAAGAAAAGAAUCGCAGAAAUGAAGGCAGCAAGAAAAUUCAAGCCAUAUUAAACACUAUUGACUACUGAGACAAACCUA